GUUUGCGGACGGGAACAACAUCAUUGAACACAAAGCUGCUGGAACCAUACCCGAAACAACAAUUCAAUCAAUGACUAGACCUACGGUUGGUAGUACGACUACUUGGCCCACAACAUCUGUCCAGACUAACACAUAUGCUAUAAAGGCUAUAGCAAAUGGAGGAUCUGGUCCAACUAUCGAUAGUCCGGCUGAUAACACAGCCUACUCUAUAUUGAACAAUGAAGCUAUCGGAACGGCAAUAACAACAGUUACCUGGUCGGAUCCCGACGUUGGUGAUGAGUUGAAUAUAACCAUGACGACCAAUUCAAAGUUCACAUUUACCGAAGGGACAGGAACAGGCACUUUGUCGGUGGCUACAUCCCUAUCAGGAAAUGAUUCAACAGAAACUCUUACCUUCACGGUCACAGAUUUCUGUGGAAACACAGACGAUAUAACAAUUACUGUUGAUAUCGUAAACGAACCUCCAGUCUUGCAUGACAUGCCCGCGGCGGUAACUUUGAGUGAGGAUACAACAACGCAAACGCUGUUGUAUACAAUUAAUGCUACGGACACCGCCGACCCUAUCACGUGUUCUUUCAGCCCAGCGACAACUGACCCUUUCAGUAUUAACCAGGUUUCAGGGACCUCAGAUUAUGGUAUAUAUGUGGAUGACACCCCAAAUUUAAGUUACAAUACGAAAAACAGUUAUACGUUCACAGUGAAGUGUAAUGAUGGUUAUAAAGACAGUAACACUGGGACAUUCUAUGUUUAUCUUGUGAAGAAUAAGACACCUGUAAUUCACAACCUGCAAGCUGCCACAAGUAUAUCAACAUCAGCUGGUAUUGGUACCAACGUGUUUACAGUCAAUGCUACUGACGACGAGGGUGACGCGAUAACAUAUUCCAUGUCGUGUAAUCCUACACCAUGUCCUUUCACGAUAUUUGCAUCGGGAGAAAUCCAGCUGAAUGCGGACAUUUCAAGCUAUGCAACAGUAGGUUAUGAUAUAGAAAUCACCGUAGCUGAUGCUAAAAAUACAGCAGAUCCGAAAAUAUUAACUGUGAUUAUCAAAGAUAUAAAUGAUCCAGUUUUGAUAAAUAAUCUCCCUUUGGCAAAUUCCUACACCGUCCAGGAAAACACCCCAUUAGCAUCGUCAGUAUUUGAUGUCUCCAUAUCCGACCAAGAUACACAAACGUGGACGUACUCCAUGGCGUCAACCCCUGGGACAGGAUCGUCAUACUUUUCUAUAAAUUCUGGAAACGGACGCAUAUCAACCUCUGGUACAUUACUUGAUUACGAGGCGUUAGUUACUGCUGGGACAACGUCAUUCACAUUUGUUAUAACUGUUAACGACGGCACGGCAUCGGAUACAGAAUCGUUAGUUAUUGACGUAAUCAAUGUGAACGAGGCCCCGAAGUUUGCACUGUCUACUUAUAGUCUGUCGACAACAGAGGGAUCGGCAGGGGAUGUAAUAGGUACACCUACAUAUGGUGUUACAGAUGAAGAUAGUGGUGAUACAAAAACAUUCUCUUUGAAUUGCGGGGACGACACGGCCUCCUUUUACAUGGACUCUUCCACAGGACAAGUUUCUUUUCAGUCCGAUUACAGUAUAGCAACAACAACAACAGUGACAGUCACAUGCACUGUCACAAUAGUGGACGCCGGUGGGCUCACGGACACGGCAACGCUUUAUAUUUAUAUUAGUGACAGAAAUGAGAACACGCCAGUUUUCUCGCCAGCUUCGUAUUCAUUCUACGUCAGUUACUAUGCUUCCGUCGGCACUGUCGUCGGCUCAGUGACAGCAUCUGACAACGACAAUGGGACAUUUGGAACGCUGACAUAUUCCUUAGACCAAGCAUCACUCCUUGAUGAGUACUUCUCCAUAGAUAAUAAUGGACAAAUCACAGUUUUAAAGUCGCCAACUCCUUUAAAUUUCUUAACGACGGUUUCUGUGAGCGCCACUGCCACCGACGGGGGAGCUCUGUCGGAUACGGCACCAGUUUCUAUAACAAUAUCAGAUACAACAACAACGUCAACAACGACAACAACAGACAGGUACAAGACGUUUAUGGACGACGGUAGAAAUAUACCGUGGUUAGUCGCCUGUAUUGUAUUGACAGCAAUUUUUAUAGGCCUUCUUAUUUGGAUCAUUGGAACGUGCAGUGGCGAUAAAGGUUGUCGAGCCUUCCAGAGACAAUUUUUUGGGAAGAAAAAACAGAUGUACCGCCCUAAAAUUAGAAGGCUGCCAACACCACAGACACCGCGUUCGCCUCCAAAGCCACAACUCAAGCUUCCAUCGUAUCUUGUGUCAGUGCGAAAUCCGCCUCCACCAAAAGGAGAACAGGCUUGGAGAUCAACUGUGAAUCAAUACGUUUAAUGAAACACGUAUACGUGUAUACAUCAAACCAGAUAUGAAAACAAAACUGAACAAAAUAUAACAUGUAGAAAUAUGUGGAUAGUAACAGUUUCUUCUUUACAUAAUGUUGAACAUGUGCAUUACAAAAUUCAUAUAGAAUUCGUGAACUAUAAUUAUGGGAAUUUAUAAGUUUGUAACUUUAAACUGAACUUUCGUAUUAAAACUUAAGU